AUGAUCGCGGCUCCGAGGCGCCCGGGCGUGCGCUGGGGCGCGAGCCGCCGCCGGGAGCCCGAGAGCCCGCCCCGCGCGCCGCCGCGCCGGCCCCGGCGUUUCUACGGCAACGCGGCGCGCGCCCUGCGGCCACGGCCCGAGUCGGCGGGAGCGCGGCGCCCACCCCCGCCCCGGCCGGGGUUGCCGGGAAGGUCGCGGAAGCCGGUGCGCGCUGCCGGGCCCUUCUCGCUGCUGGAGAGCCGCGCUUACCCAACUCGCGGCUCCUGCCCUUCCCGGCCGGACUGGGGGCAAAGGAGGAAGAAAGCCCAUCACCCAGUAACCAGGAGGGAAAGGCGAAACCAAAGGCCAGGGGUCCCCUCUGCGUAUGCGACAGUUGGUCUUAGAACAUAUGCUCAGUUUGUCUGCUUCUCUGCGUAG